GAAAAAUCCCAAUAAACCAACUCCAAAAUGGUUAAAAGCAGGGACACGGUUAUCGACGAAUUCAACGAGCUGGUCAACAUGACUCCCAACGAGCUCCGCGAUUGGCUCCAAGAGGAACAGUCCCAAUCCUCCGGCUGGAGCAAGAACAGUGAGUCAGGCGAGACGAUCGGGCAUGAGAGUGGUCGCAAAAUCGUGGACAUCCUCGAAGGCAACCCGUCCAAAGAUGCCUCGAAGUACUCGGAUGAGGACAUCGAUCAUAUGCGGAGGGUGGUGUCAUACUGCAAGCGGCAUCUGGCCCAGGAGGAGACCGCGAAGCAGAACACGGAUAGUAAGAGCUAUCGGUCGCUGAAGAACUGGGGUCAUGAUCCGCUGAAGGAAUGAGGGACUAUUACUCGUUCUGGAAGGGGUUUUGUUUCUGGGUUGGAUGUGUAUAAAUAGGUUACGGGUAUG